AUGAACGAAAUCAGGUUAAGCACUCCUGAAGACUGGAAGCAGCUAUUGGAUACACUUAAUUCAGGCACUUCAAACCAAGACCAACAACUAAUAGAUGUAGCUGGUUCAAGCACUUCCAACAAAGACCAACAGCAACCAACUAAUGAACUUGAUUUAAACAUUUCCGAACAAUACUGGCAAUACCUAAUUGAUAAACCCGAUCCAAAUAUUCCCAAAGAAUGGAAAAGCCUAAUUGAUCAAAUUAAUUCAAACACUGCCGAAAAAGACCAACAACCAAUGGAUGAAACUAACCCGAACACUUCCAACAAAAGCUGGAAACGGCCAAUCAACAAAGAAAAGUCGGAAAAUACUGGUUCAAAUCAAGAUAUUCAACCUGGCACAAAGCUUUGGAUGCUUGAUAAACUAAAGAGUGGAAUUGAAGAAGCCGAAAUAAUACAAAGGAAAAAACGCCAAGCCUAUAAUAGCUAUGUAAUCAAUAGAUUCAAACAAAAGGUAGCGUUAUCAAGAGGGGAAGUGAUAUAUGGAUCAAGAAUAUACGAAGCUAAAGCUGAAAAGGUUUAUGAAAAAGCAUGGUUUGGAAUUUGGAAACCCGAAUUAGGAUUAGGAUUGAUGAUGCAUCGAUGA